AGUGCGUCGACGCACCAGCCCGCGGGGAACACCGGUCCGGCGGGGAAGCCGGGCCUCAGCGGCUCCGGGCUUAGGCCGGCGGCGGCGGCGAUGGCAUCGGCGGCUGUGGAGAGCUUUGUGACCAAGCAGCUGGACCUGUUGGAGCUCGAGAGAGACGCGGAGGUGGAGGAGCGCAGGUCCUGGCAGGAGAACAUCUCUCUGAAAGAGCUCCAGAGCCGAGGCGUGUGUUUGCUGAAGCUGCAGGUGUCCAGCCAGUGCACCGGGCUGUACGGACGGCUGCUGGUCACCUUUGAGCCCAGGAAAUGCGGGUCUGCAGCAGUUCUUCCCAGUAACAGUUUUACCUCCGGUGAUAUAGUGGGCCUGUAUGAUGCUGCCAGCGAAGGCAGUCAGCUGGCCACCGGGAUCCUGACCCGCAUCACCCAGAAGUCGGCCACGGUGGCCUUUGAUGAGUCCCAUGAUUUCCAGCUGAGCUUGGACCGAGAGCAUGCCUACAGACUGUUAAAACUGGCCAAUGACGUCACUUACAAGCGACUGAAAAAAGCUCUGAUUGCACUAAAGAAGUAUCAUUCUGGCCCCGCGUCCUUGCUCAUAGAGGUCCUCUUCGGCACGUCAGCCCCCAGUCCUGCUAGUGAAAUAAACCCGGUAACAUUCUACAACGCCUCCCUGGACACCUCCCAGAAAGAAGCGGUUUCUUUUGCACUGUCUCAGAAGGAACUUGCCAUCAUCCACGGGCCUCCUGGAACUGGCAAAACCACAACGGUGGUGGAAAUAAUUCUCCAAGCUGUGAAGCAAGGCUUAAAGGUUCUGUGCUGCGCUCCCUCGAACGUUGCGGUGGACAAUCUGGUAGAGCGUCUGGCUCGGUGUAAGCAGCGGAUUCUGCGCCUUGGGCACCCCUCCCGGAUCCUGGAAUCCAUUCAGCAGCACUCGCUCGAUGCGGUCUUAGCGCGGAGUGACAGUGCCCAGAUUGUGGCCGACAUCAGAAAGGACAUCGAUCAGGUCUUUGUGAAAAACAAAAAGACUCAAGAUAAGAGAGACAAAAGUAAUUUUCGAAAUGAAAUUAAGCUGUUAAGAAAAGAACUGAAGGCCAGGGAAGAAGCAGCCAUGCUGGAGAGCCUCACUUCAGCAAAGGUGGUCCUUGCCACAAACACGGGUGCUUCUUCCGAUGGCCCUCUGAAGCUGCUGCCCGAGGGCUACUUCGACGUGGUGGUCAUUGACGAGUGCGCCCAGGCCCUCGAGGCGAGCUGCUGGAUCCCUCUGCUGAAGGCCAGAAAGUGCAUCCUGGCCGGAGAUCACCGGCAGCUGCCGCCCACCACUGUCUCGCACAAGGCUGCGCUGGCCGGGCUGUCGCGCAGCCUGAUGGAGCGCCUGGCUGAGGCGUACGGCGCGAGCGUGCUGCGGACGCUGACUGUGCAGUACCGCAUGCACCAGGCCAUCAUGCAGUGGGCCUCGGAGGCCAUGUACCAGGGGCAGCUCACGGCCCACCCCUCUGUGGCAGGCCACCUCCUGAGGGACCUCCCAGGGGUGGCCGCCACGGAGGAGACGGGCGUGGCCCUGCUGCUCGUGGACACUGCCGGCUGCGGGCUGUUUGAGCUGGAGGAGGAGGACGACCAGUCGAGAGGGAACCCUGGCGAAGUCCGCCUCGUCAGUUUGCACGUCCAGGCUCUGGUGGAUGCUGGUGUCCAAGCAAGUGACAUUGCUGUCAUCACACCGUACAACCUCCAGGUGGACCUGCUCAGGCAGAGCCUCGCACACAAGCACCCCGAGCUGGAAAUCAAGUCCGUGGACGGCUUCCAAGGUCGAGAGAAGGAGGCGGUGAUACUGUCCUUCGUUAGGUCCAACAGGAAAGGUGACGUCGGUUUUCUUGCUGAGGACCGGCGGAUCAACGUGGCCAUCACCCGCGCACGGCGCCACGUGGCGGUCGUCUGUGAUUCCCACACUGUCAACAACCACGUGUUUUUGAAGACGCUGGUGGAGUAUUUCACAGAGCACGGGGAAGUGCGCACGGCCUUCGAGUAUCUUGAUGACAUCGUUCCUGAAAACUAUUCCCAUGAGAGUUCCCAGGGCCACAGCCAAGCUGCCUCAAAGCCCCAAGGCCCUGCUGUGUCUGCUAGGAACCCUCCUGGGGGCCGGCGACAAGAGGGAGCCCGGGAGUCCGGAGCAGCCGCCAGACAGGACCAGAAGAAGCCAGGUGGAAAACCUUUGAGCUCCAAAGCCCAGUGUCAACCCAGCCUCAAUGGGGACAGCUUGGAGGGAGCGGAGAGCAGAGACAGUGUGGACCACUUCAGGGCCAUGAUAGUGGAGUUUGUGGCCAGUGAAAAGACGCAAUUGGAGUUUCCUGCAUCCCUGAAUUCCCACGACAGGCUGCGGGUCCACCAAAUAGCCGAAGAGCACGGGCUGAGGCACGACAGUGCCGGAGAGGGGAAGCAGCGCUUCAUCACCGUGAGCAAGAGGGCCCCGGCACUGCCUGCGCCUGCGGCCGGCGGCCAAGCCCCUCUCUGCCCAGCGCCCCCCUGCCCUGUGCAGACGCAGCUCCCCGCCAGGGAGCAGGGCGAGGGCCAGGCGGGUCUGAAGGUGCCACACCCGCAGAGGCCACAGAGGGAGAGGGCCUGGCAGGAGCAGCCAGCCAAGAAGGGGCAGCAGCCUGCAGGCUCGGGGCCACAGAAGCUUCCAGAAAAGAAAAAGAAAAAAGGAAAAGGACACACGGCCGUAGAUCUGCCCGCAGAGGAGGACUUCGACGCCCUGGUUUCUGCUGCCAUUAGGGCUGACAACACCUGUGGCCUUGCUGAGUGCACAGCCAGCGUUGCCACCCUGGGCCAGUUCUGCCAGCUCUGCGGCCGCCGCUACUGCUUCAGCCACCACCUGCCCGAGAUCCAUGGCUGCGGCGAGAGGGCUCGUGCCCAUGCCCGGCAGAGAAUCAGCCGGGAAGGGGUCCUCUAUGCCGGCAGCGGGACCAAGGACCGGUCCCUGGACCCAGCCAAGCGGGCCCAGCUGCAGAGGAGACUGGAUAAGAAGCUGGGCGAGCUGAGCAGCCAGAGGGCGAGCAGGAGGAAGGAGAAGGGGACCUGAUGGCGAUGGCCCCCGGGUCUGCGGGCAGAGCCACAGCUGCCCCGAGGGAGGACCCGCCGCCUACACCAAGCCCAGGGUGCCACCAAGCCUACUCUCUGCCUCCAGAGGGUCCGUGGGGGAGGUUGGACUUUGGACCCCAGGGAUAGGGGUCCACUGUGUGGGCAGGCGCAGGGCGGGCCCUUCCUCAUGGCCUCCCUGGCCGCUUCCUGCCUCUUCCUUCGCUCCGGACGUCUGGAUCCCGGGGGAGGUUCUGCUCCCUUGGACACACGCCUGGCCGCAAACUGUCAACGCAGCCCCCCCCGUCCUGUCCGAGGCUGGGCAGCUCUCAGCCCCUUAGGAUGGGGGUGCCGUGAAGGAACAGGAAGCUCAGCCUUGGUUAACGUGUGCUCAGACAUGGCCUGAGCGGCCACUCUCCUGCUGUCUUCUGUCCCUGUGCCUGCAGGGACACCCCACCGCCAGGGCAGCAGGCGCCACGCUCACCGUCCCUGCUCUCAGGGGUCUGGGGGCCCCGGGCUGAGCUAGCCCUUCCUCUGUGCUGCGGUUUGGGGACCCGGUGACCGUCCUGGGAAACAGCCAUCCCAGAGCGUCAGCGUUGCCAACACUGACCCGGAGCCUCUCGAGCAUUCUCCAGUGUUCUUUGCCAACUACUCUAUUUAAGAGAACCUCAGAUGGAUGUAUUCUAGCCUCAGGUUUUUGUUCUGUUCCAAAGGGAUAUAAAUUAUUUACAAAAUAAAAAUAAAUGCACAUUG